AGGGCCGGUACUUUCAACGGCGGUUAGUUUAAUUUAGCAAUUGGUUAACUAUAAACCACACGUUUGGGUACUUUGAGGCGCGAUUAAGAUUUAAACAGGGUUAAAAGUGGGCGGAACUGCUGUUAAACUAACCGUUUGAAAAAAUCAUGGUUAUGUAGCUAACCAUGUGUGUUAUAACCUUACUUCAUUAUUACUAUCUCUGCUUUCAAUUUACAACAAACAAUAAAACAUAAUGGAUUUGUUUGAACUUGACGAAUUGUUUGAUGAUAAUGAUGAAGAAAUCAUUAAUUUUAUUGAUGGUUUGAGGUCUUAUACCGUGAAAGAGAGAAAAGACCAUUUUGCUGAGUGUACUGACAAGGAGUUCUAUGAUCGGUUUCGGUUCAGUAAAAAUAUUGUUAGAAAUGUUAUUUUACCAGCAAUAGGACAUGUGUUUCAACAUGAACACCUGCUACAGUACCAUGAAAUUGACCCUUUGAAUCAGCUUUUAAUUACGUUAAGAUUUUAUGCUUGUGGAAGCUUUUAUAUAACGCUAGGAGAUUUUAUAGGUAUACACAAAACAACUGCAGGAAGAAUAAUAAAAAGAGUAACACAAGCUUUACUUACUAUUCGAGGCAAUUACAUAAAAUUUCCUGAAAAUGAAGAAGAAAAAAGAAGAGUACAAGAACGUUUUUUUCAUGUAGCACAAUUUCCUGGAGUUAUUGGAGCAAUUGACUGCACACAUGUGAAAAUUCAAUCUCCGGGUGGGAACAAUGCAGAAGUUUUCCGGAACCGAAAGGGCUUCUUUUCAUUAAAUGUGCAGGCAAUAUCUGAUAGCAGGUAUGUUAUCAUGGAUAUAGUGGCACGAUGGCCGGGAUCUUGUCACGAUAGCCACAUAUUUGCAAACUCGCUUAUCAAAAGACGAUUCGAAGCAGGUGAAUUUGGAGAAUCUGUUUUAUUAGGCGAUAGUGGCUAUCCCUUGCUUAAUUAUUUAAUGACACCAAUAGGAAAUCCACAAACACCAGCCGAAGAAAGGUAUAAUGGAGCGCAUAUAUCCAGUCGAACAGUAGUUGAGAGAACAUUUGGGAUAUAUAAAAGGCGAUUUCCUGUUUUGAGUUUGGGAUUACGAUGCAAAGUUCAUUUUGCACAAGAGAUAAUUGUUGCUACUGCUGUAUUGCAUAACAUAGCUAUUCUACAUAAAGAUGAAAUUGUACCUCCUCCUGUCGAUGUAAAUAAUUUACUAGAAGAUAUGGAACCACCUCAACUAGUUGCAGGAGAUCGAAACAUAAACUUUGUGCAACAAAGAUAUGUUAAUUAUUUUCAACAACUUUGAAUAUUUUUUUAUUAUUAUAAUUAAAAGAAACAUAUAGAUUUCUAAAUUAAGUCUAGUUUACUACUUAAAUAUAAAUGUAAGAAUAUCUGUAAGUAUACAGUUUAAAUAAAAAUAAAGUGAGCCUUCUAUGUUA